AUGUGUGCCGAAUUGACGGGAACUUUCCUCGAUGGCCGCUCAUUUUUCUACCAUUGCCAGGGCCCGGGCUACGCGUAUGAACUAUUGACGAAACUUUACUUGGAAAGCUCGACAAAAAUCCAGAAACUCGCAAUACGACUUGAUCCGGAUCCAUUGAGGGAGUGCAGGCAACGAUGGAUCUUUAGACGGUUGAAGCGAUGGAAAGCUUUAGGAAGACGACUACAGGUCCUCGAUCUCACCGUUCUUCUCGAUUCAAAUAUGCCGUUGUGG